AGGGUCACUUGUUUCUUUCCUUUUCUUGACAGUGAGCUGGGAUAAGGAAUGUUGCUAGCAGUACGACUAAGACCACAGUGCUUUUCCACGGGGAAAAAAAAAAGCCAAAAGGGGCAGACUUGUACUAUGAAGAAGCUAUGGUAUAAAUGCAGAUAAAUUUUAAAAUAAAUCACAGCUUUUUACCAACUAUCUAUUUAUGGAAGAAAUCUCUGAUGUGAUCUCUGAUCACUUGAGGACAUGGGGAGCAGCGUAAUCACUUCAUGUAUGUAAUGUACCGUGCAAUACUUGAACACAGCAGCUUUGGCAUUGUUUUGGAUUUUCAUUUCCUAGGGAGGAGGUGGACAAGUGCUAAUGCCACCGCAGGGCCACUAAAUGCUUAGAACCUUCCAAAGGGAAGGAAGGAAUAUCCACGUGGGCCCACAGAGGAAAAAUGCAGAGAACAAGACAGCAGAGGGACUUGCGGGUGCUUUUGAUGCUUUUUAUCCCUUUUUAAAUGCUUUUUAUCCCUUUUAAUGCCCCAGGGAUGCAGCCAGGCCGCAGUGGGGUGUGAGUGUGCGUCAGGAUGCAGUGUGUCAGCUGUUCGGGUGCUCGUGUUACCAGCUGUAUGAUGGGGUUUUCAGAAAGGGGAUAACAUGUCCUGCUCAUCUUCGGGACCUGGUUGAGUGUUAACUGUAACAAAGGGCUGGGUUAAACGUAAACCCCGGCCGCUGUGCCUGAGGGAUAGGGAGUGCCACAGAAUUGGUCGCUGGAGAUUGCUUCUUCACUUCCGACGCUUCAGUGUAAAAUCCGAGCGCUGCUGCAGACUCAAACUCAGGAAAACCCCUACGGACGGACGAACCCAACCCCCCAGACCACUUCCCGCUUGUCGCCAUUUUCACCACGCCGGCCGUCAUGGCGGCGCCCCCCCCGGCGGAAGGCGAACUACAGUGCCCAUGGCGCCCCGCGGCGGGAGCAACCCCGGGGCUCACGGGCUCCAUUUUCUCCGCCCGCGGCCGGGGGAGGGAGGCGCUCCGCCGGCGUGAGGCGGGCUGGCGGCCAUGGAGCAGGAGCGGGCCGGGGAGGUGGUGUCUUCCUUAUGCCACAAGACCUCGUCUUUGGAGCGGAUGGAGGAGGAAGGUGAGGAGGAAGAGGAGGAUGACGACUUGGACAUCUUUGGGGGUUACGACAGCUUCCGGAGCUACAACAGCAGCGUGGGCAGCGACAGCAGCUCCUGCCUGGACGAGUCCAGCGAUGAUGAGGUUGUGGACCGGGAGGCUGGAGAGCUCCCGACCUCCCCUGUGCACCAGCCACCCGCGGGGCGGAUCACAGAGGACAGCGGCUCUGAGCCAGCUGUGUGCGAGAUGUGUGGCAUUGUGGGAACCAGGGAGGCUUUCUUCUCCAAGACCAAACGUUUCUGCAGUGUCUCCUGCUCCAGAAGCUACUCCUCAAACUCCAAGAAGGCCAGCAUCCUGGCCAGGCUGCAGGGGAAACCGCCAACAAAGAAAGCGAAAGUCCUGCACAAGGCAGCCUGGUCGGCCAAGAUCGGGGCCUUCCUCCAUUCGCAGGGCACGGGGCAGCUGGCAGAUGGGACGCUGACGGGCCAGGAUGCACUUGUCCUGGGCUUUGACUGGGGAAAGUACCUGCAGGAGCACGGCUUCAAGGCAGCUCCAGUCAGCUGCUUCAAACACGUGCCGCUCUUCGAUCAGUGGGAUGACGUGGUGAAAGGUAUGAAGGUGGAAGUGCUGAACAGCGACGCCGUGCUCCCCAGCCGAGUGUACUGGAUCGCAUCCGUCAUCCAGACCGUAGGGUACAGGGCCCUCCUGCGAUACGAGGGCUUUGAGAAUGAUGCCGGCCAUGACUUCUGGUGCAAUUUAGGCACGGUGGAUAUUCAUCCCAUCGGCUGGUGUGCCAUCAACAGCAAAAUCCUGGUACCACCACAAACUAUUCAUGCCAAGUACACUGACUGGAGAAGCUACCUCAUGAAAAAACUGGUGGGAGCCAGGACCAUCCCAGUGGAUUUCCACAUCAAGAUGGCGGAGAGCAUGAAGUACCCGUUCCGGCAGGGCAUGCGGGUGGAGGUGGUGGAUAAGAACCACGUGUCCCGGACGCGCAUGGCGGUGGUGGACACGGUCAUCGGGGGCCGGCUGCGACUCCUCUACGAGGACGGGGACAGCGACGAUGACUUCUGGUGCCACAUGUGGAGCCCCCUCAUCCAUCCUGUGGGCUGGUCACGGAGAGUGGGCCACAGCAUGAAGAAGAUAGAAGAAAAGCGCAGUGACAUGGCAAACCAUCCCACCUUCCGGAAGAUUUACUGUGAUGCUGUCCCGUACCUGUUUAAAAAGGUACGGGCUGUCUAUGCCGAAGGCGGAUGGUUUGAGGAAGGCAUGAAACUGGAAGCCAUCGACCCCCUGAAUUUGGGCAACAUUUGUGUGGCCACUGUUUGCAAGGUUCUCUUGGACGGGUAUCUCAUGAUCAGCAUUGAUGGAGCCACAUCUGAUGACGGCUCGGACUGGUUCUGCUAUCAUGCUUCCUCACACGCCAUCUUCCCUGUCAACUUCUGUCAGAAGAACAGCAUCGAUCUGACCCCUCCGAAAGGGCAAGAUGCAAAGACCUUCAACUGGGAAACUUACCUGGAAAAGACUAAAUCAAGACCUGUUCCAGCACGGCUCUUCAACACAGACUGCCCAAACCAUGGCUUCAAGGCAGGCAUGAAGGUGGAGGCGGUGGACCUGAUGGAGCCCCGGCUCAUCUGCGUGGCCACGGUGAAGCGCGUGGUGCACCGUCUGCUCAGCAUCCAUUUCGACGGCUGGGACAACGAGUACGACCAGUGGGUGGACUGCGAGUCUCCAGACAUUUACCCCGUGGGGUGGUGCGAGCUGACAGGCUACCAGCUUCAACCACCUGUCGUUCCAGGAAAAAAGUUACCUGCUAAAACCCGCACAAUCAAGCAGACCGUCAAGAAGCCUCCUGUCUCAAGGACAAAACGAGAAGCAAAAGCUGCCAUCAAGGUUUUGCCAGAGCCACCACCCGAUGAGAUCAUUGCUGUGCAGGUAAAAGAAGAAACCAUCGACCCCUCGCUGCCGGAGUUUGAAGCCACAGAGCUUCCUGUUCCCAUCAGCAGCAUAAAGCAAGAGGUGACGGACUGAUCCUGGAGUAUCCCGCAGCAGCCUGUGCUUCAUCUUGUGGCUCUUUGGGGAAGCAGAAGACCAAAAGGGCCUUCCCUUUUUGAGGCAGCAUCACAACUCUGCUUUCUUGUCGUGCAAGAAGAUCGCCCCCAGACUUGGAACUAAGCCCUAGGACGUGGACUCCAGAAGAGCCACGGGCUCGCUGAGGGGCGUGACUGGGGGGCUGCUGGGGUUGUGUGUGCCUGGCACCAGAGGCACCUCUCUGAGCAGAAGCCCCUGACGGGAAGGAGGCUGCCAGAGCACGUAGGGGCAGUCUGGGUUCUCAGCCAUGGCUGGAGGGGGUGACCUGCAGUCCGAGAUGGUGUGUGCAGGUUGCAUGCAUCAGGGAAUGGGCUGCUCUCGUAGGAUAUCUGUGCCGUGCUCCCUGGUCUUGGCCGUGCAACCUCUGAGAAAGUCAGGACAGGACGAGUGAAAAGAGGUGAGAAGUGGAAAAGGAAUGAUGAUGCCUCUGCAGGAAGCAAGAGAACUUCGUGUGUCAUCGGUUCCUGCUUUUGAACCCAGAACUGCGGAUUAUAUGGUGCACAGUUUGAAAUUUUUAUUUUUUAACACUCCUACUGUAAAUUUGAUCAAUGAUCUGUGAAAUAAACUAAGGAAGAAGUUA